UUGGAAAUAUUGAAUUUAAUGUCAGUCGCUCUUAUAUUUUAGUGAAAUGAAAUGUAUUUUAUUUUAAAUCAAGCGUUUAUUUCGAAAUAUUCUCCAGUGUGAACAUUAUCAACGUAUUUAAUUGUUAGUAACCAAACGAAAUAGUGAUGUAAAACAGAAUAUUCUAUCUUAUUAUUUUUAACGUAAAUAUUAUUUCAUCAGUAAAACUAACUUGUGCAGUGCUGAAAAACGAUGGAAUCUCUAUCGAAACAAGAGUUGAUAUCGACUAUUACUAAACAAGCAGAUCAAAUCAAACGAUAUGAAGGUCGAUUAAGAGAUGUUGUAGCGGCUUAUAAAGGACUUGUCAAAGAAAAAGAGGCUCUGGAAAUAAGUCUCAAAGCUCUCAAUAAAACUGAGAGUCCAGCUGAGGGCCCAAGUGGAGAUGAAGGUAGAGAUGAAUCAGUGGCAGCUCUCAUGCUGUCUCUAUCCACCUUGACAGAAGAGAAGUCACGAAUGGAGGAAGCAUUUCAAGCUGAUAAGAAACUAACUAGAGAUAAGUAUGAAAACCAGAUAGCUGCGAUGAGAGAAGAGACAAGGACAUUAGUUCAGCAGCAUUUGGCUGAAGUCAGUAACCUGAAGGCGAAGGUAGCAUAUGAGAUACAGGAGAGGGAGAAAGAAAGAGCUGAUCAUCAGGCUAUGAUGAAAGAAUUACAUCUCAAACUGAAUAGUGAGAGGAAGACUAAAGAGAAAUUAGAAGACAAGGUCGUACAUUCCAGUGAAGCUCAAGCAUCCCAGGCGGAGCUAGAGAAACGUGUCCGAGAUCUAAGCAGCUCGCUGGAAGCGGCGCAGCGUCGCUUACAACGCGCUGAGGCUCGCACCGUGGAGACUCCUGCUUUAUUAGUUCGGCUGCAGAACAAAUUGGCACUGUUGGAGCAAUCUCAUUCUGUUGCGAUACGAGAGGAACAAAUAAAAGCGAAACGCGCAGAAGAAUCAGCGCGCAAGAUCUGUGCCCGACAAGAAGAAAGAGUGGCACUACUGGAGAGUAAAAUAGCAGAGUUGUCAGAAACAGUCGGCCAGUACGACUUGAGGAGACGGCACGACCAGCAGUUGAUACAACAGCUCAAAGAUUCAGUCAAUGGACGGCUCAUGGACAAGAUUGCUGCUAAUAAAGAUUUUGAAGAAACAUCAGAGCCAACACAGAAAAGUGAAACAGAUAACGACAAACUAGCUGACAGCGAGUAUUUACAAACACUCAUAGACAAAAUACACAUUUUGAAAAAGGAACUCAUCGCAGAGAAUGACAAAUUGGGCAGUCCUAUAGACAUUUCAACGGUUUUCACUGUCCAAGGAUAUGAGAAUGUACAUUUAAAAUGUAAAGAAGAAUAUGAGAGUUUGAAAAUGGAAUUUGAUCUUUAUAAACAGCAGAUGAAAAUGAGAGAAGUUGGGAGUGAGACGGAGAGUGACAUAGGAGAUUUGAAGAAUGAGAUCGCAUUGUUGAAGGAGAAAGUGGAGACUUAUAAGAUGGUUUUAGAAGAGGAGAAGCAGGAUAAGUUGGAUACUUUGAAGUUGUAUGAAGAGAAACACAAAAACGAGCAAGAUUACCAGAAAGAGGUUGUAUCAGAUCUCAAGACUCGUAUCAUGAGCUUGGAGAAACAAGUUCAGACUCAGCGCGAUAGGUACGCGGCACUUCUAGAGGAAACCGAUAACUAUAUACGGGCGAGGAAUGAGCGGUCGAGGCGAGUUAGUGCUGAAGAACAUACGCAUUUCAAGGAAGGAAUGUUGCCUGACGUCACAGCACCGCCGCAUAUGUUGCACUAUGCGCACGAGUUGGCCAGGAAGGAUCUCGACAUAUCACAGCUCAGGAAAGAGAAACACAUCAUGGAGGGACAGUUCAGAGAUUGUCAACGUGAAGCUACGAUUGAAAAGGAGCGGUUCAAGGAAGUGAUACGGACUUUGAAGGAGGAAAUUGACAGAUUACGACGCAUCCAAUCCAGAGAGGGAGCCAAUCUAGAAUAUCUAAAGAACGUAGUGAUGGCGUACCUGAUGUCGACAGACAAUGCGGGCAGGAAGCACAUGCUCAACGCCAUCGCAGCCGUACUGCACUUCACUAGCGGCGAGAAGAAAUCUGUGCUCAGUAACCUGGGGUGGGAUGUUCAGGUUUAACAUCUUGACUGCCAAUAUACAAAACACAAUAGAUAAUAUAAUAUAUUGUGUUUCGCUCAGAUCUACGUUCCGGGUAAUGGUUAUUCAGUCAUUUUAUUUUAUAUCAAUACUUCUCAAUAAGUCU